AUGGGAGUUUCUGCAAUUAAGGGUGCAGGUAAAGGAGUUAAGACUUUUGCGACAGCCAUGAGAGAACAAGAAAUUGAACAAACUACUACAAAACCAGUACCAGGUGGGAACACAGCGGGUCUCGAAUUAGUUAAAGCUAGAAAAAAAAUAAUAACAAGCCUAACUAUGAAGCAAAUUGCAGUACUUACUAAUGAAAAGGUAUUAAGAAAAGGCUUGAUUAAAUUAGUAGAUGUAAGCUCCCAUUUUGUAUUGAAACGAUCGAAACCACAAAUUUCCGACUCAAAACAAGACAAAAUUUUGAAUAAGUUUUUUGAUUCAAACUUACUCGUAUUAAUAUGUAAAAUGUAUGCAUUAGAAAAAAUAAAUAAAAAUCAAGAAUUUAAAGGAAAGCGUAAUAAAAUAGUAAGUGAUACAUUUAAUUGUGAAAAUAGUUUCUAG